UGCCAGUGGCACAGCACUUUCGACUCCAAAAUCCCCACCAAGUGCGAUAAACCCACACAGAAAAACUGUACUCGCUCUCCACUACACAACUCCAGUGAUUGAGUGACCUGUUGAGGUUUAGGAACGCCAGUGGCCUGUUUUGAUUAGUAAUAAAAACUAAGCAAUUGUGACUAAAUCAUUGACAGACGUCCCCCACUUACUCCGUGCCAUGCGAGUCGAUUGAUUGCUUUUCUCGAAGAUGCGCGGAAUUGAGGGCAAAGUUGUGGUGCUCGGAUCGCGAGGCGUGGGCAAGACGCGUUUGGUCAUCCGAUACAUCAAGAACACAUUGCAUCGCAGCGAGAGCGAGGUGCCGACAAUAGCCGUCUCCUUUUUCACGUGCAACAUCAUCUUGGACGAGGUCAAAAUCAAAUUGCAAAUCUGGGACACCGCUGGCCAGGAGCGCUACCGGGCGGUGGCACCUAUGUACUAUCGGAAUGCGAAUGCCGCCAUUCUGGUUUUCGAUCUGACACAGUAUAAGACGUUUACGGAAAUCAAGUCCUGGAUACAGGAGCUGCAUCGCAAUGUCCAGGAUCCGAUGAUACUGACGCUGGUGGGCAACAAGAUGGACAUGCAGGCGCAGCGUGCCGUCUCCCGCGACGAGGCUUUCCUGUUUGCCACCUCCAUUGGGGCCACCUACUUUGAGACUUCCACCGAAACGGAUCAGGGACUGGAGCAGGUCUUUCUCUCAACGGCUUUGGGGAUGGUGCGUCUCGCCGACGAAGGUAAGAGCCAUUCGCUGCGCUCCUUCGAGUCCACCGAUUCCCUGGCCUACACCAACACCAACACUGCCUUUAGUCACACUGUGGCCGCCUUGGCUCGGAAUCCGGGCAAUGCUGCCUUCCGACUGCCGUACGUGGACAUCGGCCUGGCCGUUGAGGGCGAGGAUGUGAAGACGAAUGGUGUCGGCCGCCUGGAGACGCCGCCCUGGAGCAUUGAGCACAUAGCCCUCGGCGAGGUGGAGAGGCCCAGCUGGUGCUGCUAUUAAGCGGCCCCUGCGACUAUUAUCAAAGAACCAACAAUGUGAUGUUAAGAAAAUCAGAUUUAUCUUAGUUCGAAUAUAUCUACGAAUGCCAAUACGGAUAUCCCAAUAACAGCAAAGCAAGCCCCGAACAUAGCUUGAAGCUAUAUAGUACUUUUAAACACACUGAUUAGGCUACAGGGCGGAGUUUCUCGAUCCAUUGACAAGCCGCCUGGACUACCCGCUUCAUCUUAAUCUUAAUUCUAGAUCCUAAGCGUAUUCAGCAAUCGCCGCAUGCAUAUUAUUUAUAACUAUAAGGUGAAAAGUUCAUUUGACCUUGCAUUCAAAUACCACCACCACAGGACGCAAACCAAGCCACAGGGAAAAAAAGCUCCAACACACACUCACACAAACACCACCAAAUUCAUGUACAAAGAAAUUUUUAUACCGCUUGGAUACAUAAAGAAAAAAAAAAGAAACAUACUAUACACCGAUGCGUAUACCACAUAAAUAUAGAUGUGAAAAUGUA